AUGACAGAUGAUAACAAUGGGCCAGGUCCAUCUACCUCAAGAUUUACUAAAUUCUCAGCUACAAAGACCAAACCCUUUUUCAAUAAGAUAAAAUACACCCCAUUAGAACAACAGUUUUUAGAAAUAAAAAAACAGUAUGAUGAUGCUAUAUUAUUUGUUGAAUGUGGUUAUAAAUACAGGUUUUUUAGAGAAGAUGCAGAGAUUGCUGCUAAAGUAUUAAAGAUAUAUUGUCAUUUAGAUCAUAAUUUUAUGACCGCCAGUAUACCUACACAUAGAUUAUUUGUACAUGUUAGAAGAUUGGUGGCUGCUGGGUAUAAGGUUGGAGUGGUUAAACAAAUGGAGACUGCAGCUUUAAAGGCAGCUGGAGAUAAUAGAAAUACACCAUUUAAUAGAAAGUUAUCAGCUUUAUACACUAAAUCUACUUUAAUUGGAGAAGAUAUCCUUUUUACCAUACUAUCCUUUUCACGGCAUAUAACAAAUCCAAAAUGCAUUGAUAUUGAUGAUAAACAGAGUGCUAUACAAUAUACUAAUCAUGUUAAACCAAAUAAUUAUUUAAUGUGUAUUUAUGAUGGAAUAGGUCGUGAUUCAGCUAAAAGAAAUGUUGCCAUUGUAGCAAUCGACCCAGCUACAGGAGAUGUUGUAUAUGAUAAUUUUAUAGAUGAUGAUAUUAGAAGCUGUCUGGAAACCAGAAUAACUCAUAUUAACCCUGUUGAAUUACUAAUACCACAGACUAUCUCAGAUACUACUUAUAAACUACUACAAGAUAUAGUAGCUCUUAGCUCAACAGAAGAUGAUAGAAUAAGAACUGAAAAAAUUGCUGAUGAAAAUUUCACUCAGGACAAAUCUAAGGAAAUAAUAUCAGAGUUUAUGAAAAAUGAAAAUGGUGAGUAUGGUUGCUAUGGGCGACAUAAAAUAUUAAAUCUGCCUAAACCAGUUUUAUGCUGUAUAUCUGGUCUAAUUGUUUAUUUACAUGAAUUUAAUUUACAUAAUAUACUAAAAAUUACAGGAAAUUUUAAUAAAUUCAGUAUAAAGAAUAACUAUAUGCAAUUAAAUGGUACUACACUACGGAAUUUAGAAAUAUUUAAGAAUUCAACAGAUUGUACUGAGAAAGGGUGUUUAUUUGGGGUAUUAAAUUAUACUGUUAGUAAAUAUGGUUGCCGUUUAUUAAAGUCGUGGUUAGCUCAACCUUUACUGGAUAUUAAAGAAAUAAUAAAGAGGCAGGAAGCUGUAGAAAAUUUAUUGUCUACAAACCAAAAGUUACAGAAGUUGAAAUUAUUGUUGAAUAAAUCCCCCGAUUUAGAAAGAACAUUAUGUUCAAUAUUUCACCAAAAGUGUUCUGUAUUAGAAUUCUAUACAGUAGUAAAAAGUUUGGAGAAGAUAUAUAAGGAAAUAAAGAUGUUAUAUAUUGAUAUAGAUAUGUUUAAAGAUAGUGAAUUAUUAACCAAGAUAUUUCAAGAGUUACCAGAGUUACUCUAUGAUAUUACAACAUAUAGUCAGAAUAUCAAUGAAACAGCAGCAAGAGAAAAUGAUAAAACCAAGUUAUUUAAUAAAGAAGAUAACUAUCCAGAUAUCAUGAAUAUUAAAGAGGAAAUUAAUGAAGUAUUGAAAGAUAUUAAAGAUCAUAGAAAAGAUAUCAGAUUAAUAUUACAUCAACCAUCUUUAGAUUAUGUUACUGUUUCACAAACAGAGUUUUUGAUUGAAGUUAAAAAUACGUUAUUGAAACAAGUUCCUAAAGACUGGGUAACUAUAAGUAGUACUAAAGCAGUGACAAGAUUUCACUCUGCACUAAUUGUUAGUAAAGUAAAGAGAUUGAAUCAGUUGAAAGAAGAAUUAGUUAUAGUUUGUAAUAAACUAUGGUUACAACUACUAUUGGAAUUUGGUAGUUAUUUUGUACGAUAUAGAAAAGCAGUAAAUUAUCUUGCUACUAUAGACUGUUUACUAUCACUAUCAUCUGUUUCACUACAAAAUCAUUUUACCAGACCAGUAUUCAGUGAAAAUAAAAAAUGUAUUAAGAUAACACAAGGAAGACAUCCUGUGAUAAGUACUUUAUUUUCAAAUCAACAACAAUUUGUACCAAAUGAUACUAAUUUAGCUGAUGAAAGAAUGAUGAUUAUAACUGGACCCAAUAUGGGUGGUAAAAGUUCCUAUAUAAAACAAGUAGCAUUAUUGUGUAUUAUGGCUCAGAUAGGAAGCUAUAUACCAGCUGAUGAGAUGACUUUAUCUGUUAUUGAUGCUAUAUAUACCAGAAUGGGUGCUGCAGAUGAAAUAUUUAAAGGUAGAAGUACGUUUAUGGUAGAAUUACAAGAAGCAUCUAAUAUAAUGAAAGAAGCUAGUAGCAACAGUCUAGUUAUAUUAGAUGAAUUAGGACGUGGUACUAGUACAUUUGAUGGGUUAGCAAUAGCUACAGCAACAGCUCAUUAUUUUAUAAAUCAGGUUCAAUGUUUUACAUUAUUUGUCACACACUAUCCAUCAUUAGGUGAACUAGAGUUAUUUUUUCCUGGUAUGGUAGGCAAUUACCACAUGUCAUUUCUGUUGAAUGAAAAUGAUAGUGAUAUUACAGAUUCUAUCACAUUUCUCUAUGAAUUAGUAAAAGGUCAAGCAGGGAAGAGUUAUGGUUUAAAUGUAGCUCAACUAGCAAAUAUUGAUAGUUCUAUCCUUACUACAGCAAAGUGGAGAUCACAACAACUUGAAAAUGAAAUACAAAGUAAAAGGUGUAACUUGGAUGUAUUUUUGAAAAUAUUUCUUUCUAAAAAUGAUGAAGAAGUAAAGAAACAGAUAAAAGUACUAAAUGAAAAGGUUUGAUGACAUGAAAGUUUAAAAUAAAAAUGAUUAGUUAU